UACGAUCCGAUUUCCUGGUCUAUGUUUUAUUCCCCCACCCGAACAAACACUUUCACAAAGAAACAAAGGAGAUUGCAGCUAGCUCCGUUUCUCCCCUCGUACCAGCGGACAAGCACAACCCCCCGCCGCCUCCUUGCAUCAUGUCCAAGGGAAAUGGCGUCGUUGUCCCAGGGAAAUUAAAAGGUGGUGCAUUAUUUUGGAGUACUGAUGAACCACCAUUGGAGAUUCCAUGGAUCAAUCGUCGAGGUACUUGUGCACUCCUGUACUUGGAUGAAAGAGAUC